AUGGAGUGGAGCUCCAAUCCAUCCACUUUCAGCACUGACCCCGUCGAACAAGGCAUCAUCCAAUCGCGAGCCGACUUUAACUCUAUCACCCCAGAGAAUGCCAUGAAGUGGGAGUCAACCGAGCCGCAACGUAACAACUUUACGUUCGCUGGUGCCGACGCAAUCGCCGAUUUUGCCGACAGAUACAACAAAGAGAUGAGAUGUCACACUCUAGUCUGGCACUCUCAACUGCCUGCCUGGGUCAGUCAAGGUAACUUUGACAACAAGACUUUGAUCUCCAUCAUGGAGAACCACAUCAAGAAAGUUGCCGGCAGGUACAAGAACAAGUGUACUCACUGGGACGUUGUCAACGAAGCCCUCAACGAAGAUGGCACAUACCGUAGCUCAGUCUUUUACAACACUAUCGGAGAAGCAUUCAUCCCUAUUGCCUUCCGCUUCGCUGCGAAGUAUGCUGGCUCCAAAACAAAGCUCUACUACAACGACUACAACCUCGAGUACGGCAGUGCUAAGGCCCUCGGUGCUCAACGCAUCCUCAAGUUGGUUCAGAGCUAUGGCGUCCAGAUCGAUGGUGUGGGUUUACAAGCACACUUGAGCUCUGAGGCCACUGCAUCCACCGGCGGCGGUGUGACUCCUGACGUGAAGACUUUGACGAAUGUGCUCAAGUUGUACACUGACCUUGGCGUCGAGGUUGCCUACACGGAGUUGGAUGUCAGAUUCACCACUCCUGCCACGGAUGCAAAGCUCAAGGCACAAGCAGAUGCAUAUGCUAGAGUGGUCCAGUCUUGCAUCAACGUUAAGAAAUGCGUCGGAAUCACUAUCUGGGGUAUCUCGGACAAGUACUCAUGGAUUCCUGGUGUCUUCCCCACUGAGGGUGCUGCAUUGCUUUGGGACGAGAACUUCAACAAGAAACCUGCUUACAGCUCUGUCCUCAAGACCAUCCAGUCAUUCCGCAAAUCUUGA